AACACUAUUGUUGCGUUUCACAACUGUCAGAUAGCGCUAUUCGUCACAUAAAGUCCAUCAUAAGUUAUAUGUCGGAUGAAGUGGCAAAUAGCACAAUUUAUCUGAAACAUAAGUGUGUUUGACUGAUGUCAGACAAGAAAACGUCGUGAUUCAAUAAUAUGAUGGACGUUUUUGAAACUCUUGAAGAUGAGUUUGAUGAAUACUUUGAUCGCAUCACAACACCGCGCAGGAAUCCCGUAUUUCAGAAUAGAACCAACUAUAUGGAGACAUUGGACGAAACGGACUUUAGGACACGGUUCAGACUUACUAAAGAAGCCGUGAUGUUUGUUUAUUCAAUGAUUGAAGAAACAAUUUCUGCUCCUACAGAAAGAAAUCAUGUUAUAAUGCCGAUUACUCGUCUACUAUUGACUUUGAGAUAUUAUGCAACAGAAAGUUUUCUCACAGUAGUCGGUGAUUUCUCUGGUGUCAGCAAAGCUUCUGCCAGUCGCAUUGUCACCUUGAUUUCACAGGCUAUUGCACAGCUCCGUCCUGAGUUCAUCAAAUUUCCAACCGAUACUCAAGAAAUACAGCAAGAGUUUUACAACUUAGCUAAAUUUCCAAGACUCAUUGGCGCUAUUGAUUGUACCCAUGUUCCUAUAAAAUCUCCAGGUGGAGACAAUGCAGAAGAAUGGAGAGACAGAAAGUCACAGUUUUCUUUUAAUGUUCAAACUGUAGUGAGUGCAAAGUUGAAGAUUUUAGACAUAGUGGCUAGAUGGCCAGGAGCAGCACAUGACCAAACAAUUUUCAACAAUUCAUUCCUAAAACAAAGACUGAUAAAUGGAGAAUUUGGAAACCUUUUGAUUGUUGGUGAUAAAGGCUAUGAAAAUACUUCAUACCUUCUAACUCCACUCCAAAACCCCACGACUCCAGCAGAACAUCUAUAUAACGAAUCUCAAAUUCGAAGCAGAAAUGUGGUGGAAAGGACAUAUGGUGUUUGGAAAAACCGGUUCCCCAUUUUGUCAAAAAAGAUUUUGCUUCAUGUAUCUCGUGUACAAGCCGUGAUAGUGGCAUGUGCGGUGUUGCACAAUAUUGCUAUUGAUAUGCGAGAUGAACAUUUUGAACUACUGCAACAAGUAGAUGAACCUGCUGAUGAUAUUGAUCAAAGCGCAAUUGACAACGUGGGAAAUGCAAGUGUGCGAAAUCCGCAAUCUCUAAUUUUGAAUCAGCAACUUUUUCGAAUGGCCUUUUCAUCUUCGGAGUAGCUGAAAAUAGAUUGAUUGGUUAGCCGUGUGGUGGCAGCAAAGACGAGUAGUACCACCCAAUAUUUGCUUGUGGGUGUCGAUGAAAGCGACUUAGGGCUUAUCCGCGAGUUUUAGAUAUAGCGUGGUGACUAUAGGCAAAACCUAAUAAUGAAAUAAAUCUACUUUAAUACAAAUAACUUACAUAAAGCGGGAUGUUUUUUGGAACGUAGAGAUUUUGGCUUCCAGUUGGUCCACUUUUCAAUUGCCAAUUUUUUUGGGGUAGCACUACCACAUUCACCUGAAGUGAAACAUAAAAGGUAAAGUCCGACUAACUUACCAACAACUCUGAGGCAUAACAAUUUGAAGCAUUACUUACUUAUUUUUCUUUUUGGAGGUUGCUCCUCAUUAGAAUCUUCCUUCUGUGUACAAACGUCUGCCUCAACUGAAUGGAUAGAUUCUCUUUCUAAAAUUAUAUCAUAAUAUGUA